UCCUGCACAGAGGCCGUGGCGUUUUAUCAUGAAAUGAUUCGGCUUUGUUUCAGUCCAAAGGAACCAUGUCCAGCUUCAGCACCGACGCGAGCAAAAGUCACGAGAGCAAACAACGAGGAAGGAAAAUUUCAGGAAACAUCACAAGACCGAAGAGGGUUUUGUAAAAGCUAAUCAAGAUAACUGACAGAAGAGGUUUGGAGGUGACAGCAUCAGGACUGUCGCUACUGUCGACCUAACUGGCCGUCAUUGAGACUUGGCACUGCUUCAGCUGUGCACUGUGUGGCAUUAGGCCGGCGAUACUGCGGCUGUUUAAACUGUAUUUUAGUACAAUAGCCAGAGUUUCAUUGUAACAAACAGACGGUCAGCUGGAAAACAGAGAUGCAGCCAUCCAGCCGGAAGAGACAGAACUCAGCUCUGCAUGCAGCAACUUUCAUGUGCAGCCGGUCGGCCGUUUCUGCCGAGAUGGAGUCGCUUCUGUCAAAGCCUCGGUUCCACCUGGACCUCUGGCUCGGCUUCACCGUCCAGAACUGGAUCCUGGAUGUGGGCCGGGCUGUUGUCAUGCUCGUCCUCCCAGCAGACUGGUGUCCUCUGAACCGUCCCGGUGCUGCAGAAUAUCUCCACAUACUGUACAACAUCAGCACACCGCUCAUACUGCUCAAAAUGCUUGAACGCAGCCCCAGGACGCUGCCCCGCCCUGCCGUCUACCUCGGCAUCAUCGCCGUCGUCAUGGGAACCAGCCUCCACCUGGCGGCCGACUCCAUCACCCGACGGCUCCUGCUGAUUGGCUACCAGCUGCACCUGUCGGUCAGAGAGAAUCCAGUCAUGAAGAAGCUCAAACCCUCCUCCCUGAUCAAUGCUUUUGAGCUUCUGUUUUACUAUGACGACACUCUUGGUCAUCUGAUGUGGUAUGUUCCUCUCUUCCUCGUCCUCUUCCUCUUCUUCAGUGGUGGUUUCAGUCACAGGAAACAGGAGGACAAGAUGCCGCCUGCAGCGUGGAUGCUACUUGUCCCCAGCGCCGCCUACUACUGGUACCUGAUCACUGAGGGACAGACCUUCAUCCUCUUUAUCUUCACCUUCUUCGCCAUGACCGCCACAGUGAUGCACCAGAGGAGGCGGGGCUUGGUUCCCGACGGCAACGGCCUCUUCAUGCUCUACAGUUUCUCUGCAGCUCUGUUCCUGGUGGCGGUCUGGGUGGCCUGUCUGUGGAACGACGGGGUCCUGAGGAAGAAGCACCCCGGGCUGAUCUACGUCCCACAGCCUCGUGCCGUGUUCACGCUCCACCUCCGUCAGAGCACCCAGACAUAACACCACUGCUCAUUUAAUAACCAGACAGAGCAUUCACACUGUCACUGACUCAAUGUUCCUCUCGCACACCAGGUCCCAAGUCCUGCACGAGCAUUGUGUCUCUUUCCAUAAAUGUCCUGUCAUAUCUCAAUAAAACCAUAAGGAUCAUUCAUGUAAAAGUCAUCUAAGUCCGAAUGACAAUAAGCCAUCACUUUAACACCAAGAUGAAGACGCCACUGUUGCAUAGUCCAUGUCGGAAAAGCGCUUAAUGUCAUGGAUCUAUCACUCAGAAUCGUGCAGUAUGCCAUCGUUUCACCUGUACCUGCAGCAACACGGCCACAGCAACGCAACCCCUUGGCUUUUUAUUUUUUAUGCCAAACCACUGUAGUUGUCAGCAUGGUGUCAGGGCAGAUUUCACUAAUAGAGAUGUUAAUUCUACUCUGUUCUGCGUGAUGUGUUGAAAUUUUACAGUUUAAAAAAGCCGUUCUGAAAUGGUCUUCACUGAUCACUGAGAUCACAGCUGGAAAACAAAAAAGUUAUCUUUAGGAUCUAACUUGAGAUUUCUGUCCUGGUACAUGUAGCAGUGCUCCCCGCCUCAUAUGUUAGUGAACCACAGUCAGUCUGUUUUGUUAGAGCUGGGUGUGAUUUUCAGCGUUAGUGCAUUAAUAAGUUUAGUUUGUUUUUUGUUUGUGUUGUGGAAAAAUGCAGGUCUGUUUCAACUGCAAUAUGUACGAUAUGGUUUUGUUCUCCUGCAUGUCCCGAGGCGUCGGUGGUCUGAAUAAAAGAGAACUAAUUAAAAUGAAAUGAAUCCCCACUUGGUUGCCUGACCGUGUGUGAUGUUCAGCUGCAGUUUAUUUCCUCUGUGGUUCCUCUCAGCAUCAGAGACGUUAAUCUCUGCUUCCUGCGGAUAUUUGUGUUUUCUCUAUUUGCCUGUUGAUCUCUUAAUGGUAAAUUAAGUGGCUUUUUUUGAGGAGGCGUGUGGCGAAUCGCAGCUGAGUCAUUCACAUUUUGGAAGGAAAAACAUGUUUCAUAUGGAACAUUAAGGUUUAUCCAAUUCAGCCGUACAGCAUCUAUACAUUACUGUGCUCAGUAUACGUCAAGAAAUCCACCUUAGAGAAAGCACAGAGACGGAUUUCUACACCAACAGGAGCAGAAAAUAGAGCAGAAUGCAGUAAUGAGGAGGAGGUUUGAGUAUCUUAAAGGGAGGACACACAAUUUCUCAGCUGGCAAGGACACAACCAAUCUCUGCCACUGCUGCUCUCUCCAUCUACGCAGCUCACAACAUCCGUUUUUCUUAACGGUUGUUCCAACGUUUUUCCCAUUCGGCUGCUUAUGAGUUUUGUCUUGAACAUGAAUGCAACAAGUUUACAUCUCUUUUCUGAGGACUGCAUUCUGGGAAAUGCAGGAAAUCUAGAGAAUUCCACAGAUUUAUUAUUGCACUCCUAGUGGACAGUUAAAAAUAGGAUCAAAAUCGAUGCAGCAGAACCAGAAACAUUCUUCUUCUUUGUCAAAACCUGGUGCCUACAUUACCCACAGUGCAACUCUUCCUCUGACAGUUGUGUUAUGCUAGUAGCGGCUAAUGUAGCCUGGAGUCUGUAGCCUGCAGCAGAGACACUAAAGGCUUUUUUACUACAUGUGCAGUUACUCCCCAACACCUGGAAACACGCUGAUGUGGAAAAUCUGUGGCCAUCAUAUUUGCCAUGAUGACACACACACACACACACACACACACACACACACACAUGCACACACACACACACACA